CCAGAACUGCAUCUCAUUCAGUUGUGGCUGUCUCAGCUCUUCUAUCACUUUGGAAUAGUGUUGAGAUGUCAUAGUUUUUAUUUAUUGUGAGAGACUAAAGCUAAAGAAGUCUUUAUGCUGAGAGUUGCAUUCCUGAAAAUAAAAAUGGUAUUUAUCAUCUCUGACACUACCUCCUAAUCAGCAACGCUAGGCUUCAUCAUCCACACAGAAGGAACUAGAAACUCACAGAGAGAAGUUAAAUUUUGAAGACUUCAGCUACAGUAAGGUUACGAUGCCUGUUGGGUUGAGCACAGAAGCCUCUACUUUAGCACUCCCUCAUGGACAAAGUCCCAGUAGGAAAUAAAUGGGCAGGAUAUUAAAGAAUCUUUGACAGAUGUUGAAGAUUUAUUUAGUGAUGGUGAUCAGACACCAAUGUUAAAAAGAAAAGCACUUAAUUUGACUCUGCAGAAAGAUGCAGAAACUGUAACUGAUACAGAAGAUACAGAUCUGUCUGGAGAAGAGGAUGACAUUAUAAAGGAAGAAAGUAACAUACCCACUAUUCAAGAUUUAGGCCUUCUUCCUGAACCUAAUAAAGAGGUAAUAAACUUGACUGAGGGUUAUGCUAGAGGAGCUAGUCCUAUUCUGCACUCAGAUUCAGAACCAGAAAGUGAGGAUGUACAAGGAAAGCAUAUGAAGAACAUAUUGAGGGUAGAUAAAAUGAACCAGCUUGAUCUUCCUUCUGACGAUGUUGCAGAGGCUCUUACUGAUGUUGAAGAUAUGGUAGCCUCAGGAGAUGAGGAAGAGGUUGUUGAAGCUGAAGAUUCUCUUCCAGAGCAUUACAUGGAUCAAAGUGAAGGAGUGUCUGAUAGGGAAAAACUAAAAGCUUCAUCUCCUGCCCCUAAGAUCUUUUUGGCUGAAAGUGAAGACUUAAGUGAUGAUGAUAAAAAAGCUCUAAAGCAUAACAGACAUAAAUCUAAAGUUAUUCUGGAAGUAAAUCCUCAGGAAGGAGGCACAACUGAUGUUGAGGAUUUAGUUUUGAGUGAUAAAGAAGGAAAAGAAAAGCCAGAGUGUGGUAAAAAUAAAAAAGAAAAAAUAAGAAGAAAGAAACAGAUUAGGCGAAAGACAGUGCCUAAGAAGACAAUCGCAGCAAAGUCUCUCAUUGUUCUGACUGGUGAUUCCAGUGGUUUGACUGAUGUUGAGAUUUUAUCUGGAGAUGAGGAUGAGGGGGUAGUGGAGGAUGAAGAUUUAGGCUUAAUAGUGCCAGAAAUAGACAUAGGCAUCUUAACAGAUUCUGAGGAUGUAGAAGUUUCUGACACUGAAGAUGUGGCUGACUUGAUGCCCAAGCCUGUGGAUAAAGUUGAAAUAUCCCUUAUACCAGAUCCUCACUCUGAAAGAGUUAAAAUUAGUGAAAUAGAAGAGGCAGCACAAGAAGAAUCUGGAGGUGAAACAGAAGAGGAAGGAUUUGAACUAAAUGAAAAGGAUGACGAGAAAGCUUUAAACCCUCGGCAAACAGUUUUGCAUGAGCCUAUUGUAAUUGUAGGGAAGGAGACACUUGAUGCAGAUGAGGAAACAUAUGAAGCUGCUCUUACAGAUACUGAAGAUUUAGGUAUUGAUGAACAUGAGGAAGAAGAAUUACUUGCUCAUAUCACAAUCGUUUACCAGAAGAAGGGGAUAUUUAUACAAUUACUGAAAUGGAAUCAUGCAGUGGUCAGAUUACGAAAAAAGAGAUAAUGAAAGAUUGCCAAGCUAAACAAAUCGAAGAUGCAGAAUUAACUGGAUUUUUUCUGCAAGAAGAUUUUGAAGAUAAUGCCAUAC